CGCGAGACCAGGAGGAGCAGGAGGAGCAGUAGAGGAGCGGAAUGGAGGAGGACAAGCAGAACCCGGAGCACCGGAGCAACAAGGUCCGGAGAAGACAAGCAGCAGGCUCGUCCUCUGAUAGCAGCGAUGUUGAGAAACCAAGUGGAAGAGGCGGACUAAAGCGUCACUGCUGUCCUUUCUGUGACAAAUCACUCACAUCAUCCAGAAAUUUACAGCUUCAUGUAAGAAUUCACACCGGAGUGAAACCAUACAGGUGUGACCACUGUGAGAAAGCUUUCACCACUCAGGGUCAACUACAAAUCCACCAACGCACUCACACUGGAGAGAAACCGUACAGCUGUGAUCAGUGUGGGAAAUCUUUCACUGCUCAAGGUCAACUAAAAAUUCACCAGCGGACUCAUACAGGAGAGAAACCAUACAGCUGUAAGUUAUGUGGGAAAGCUUUUACUGGCUCAGCUGACCUGAAAAUCCACCAACACAUUCACACUGGAGAGAGACCGUACAGCUGUGACCAGUGUGGGAAAACUUUUAUUCUGUUAUAUUCACUAAACAUCCACCAGCGUGUUCACACUGGAGAGAAACCACACAGGUGUGAACAGUGUGGGAAAAGUUUUUCUCACAGUGGCUAUCUGAAAAUCCACCAGCGCAUUCACACGGGAGAGAAACCAUACAGCUGUGAGCAAUGUGAGAAAGCUUUCAACACAAAGAGUAACCUAGAAGUCCACAGCCGUGUUCACACUGGAGAGAAACCCUAUGUGUGUGGCCAGUGUGGGAAAGCUUACAGCACUCAGGCGAGUCUAGAAAGACACCAGUGUGUUCACUCUGGAGAAAAACCACACAGGUGUGAACAAUGUGGGAAAGGUUUUUCUCACAGUGACACUCUUAAAGUCCACCAACGCAUCCACUCAGUAGAGACACCGUAAAGCUGUGACUAGUGUGACAAAGUCUUCGUCCCUCAAGGUCAAGUUAGCUGUGUCCUUCCGCCUCAUCUACAUGCUCUUAUAGCUGUGUUGUUAUACUCUGGGUUUCUCUCCAUAAUGAGAGCUGGCCAUCAGUAUAUAACUAGCAGCUGGUCUAAGGUGAGCCUGAGCCGGUCCUAACUAAAAGCGCCAAUACAAACUAUAAGCAUCAUCAAAAAGGAAAGUCUUCAGUCUAGUUUUAAAUGUGGAGAUGAUGUCUGCCUCCUGGACUGAAGCAGGAAGAUGGUUCCAGAGAAGAGGAGCCUGAUAGCUGAAGGCUCUGGCUCCUGAUGCACUGCAAAUGAUUUCCUGCAGAGGCGCCGAGUCGCCCACCAGACUGAGUGUUAAAGAAACGUGAAAAAGUGCUUCCAGAAUUCCUGCUAAGGGUUUUCUUCUCCUGUGAUGGACACGGUGCCUCCAAUGAGCUCUUGAGGGUCUGUUUGUGUUUCCGAACCAACAACGAAGAAUCCAAAUAAUUUCAAACGGCCGCUGGCUUGACUGCAAAAAUCAGAUUUCUAGAGAACGCUUGAUUCCUUUUUUACUGUGUCAGUUUUAUUUUUAUGUGUAGCUGCGACAGAGAAUAAUUUGUGUUAUUUUAAGAGGGACCUCACAACCAAUCAGAGUGCUCAAUGCAAAGUGCUGGACAAAGAAGACAAAGACUGAUUGAUUUUAUAGGUUUUUUUUAAGAAUGGGUGGUAAAAAAAAAGAGCCUGAACAUUCAGAGCUCUGUAAGUUAGGAGAAUGAUUUUACAGGGAGCCAGUGCAGAGAAGCUAAAACAGGAGAAAUAUGAUCUUGUUUCUUAGUUCCUGUUAGUACACGUGCUGCUGCAUUCUGAAUUAGCUGGAGAGUUUUUAAGGACUUACUAGAGCUACCUGAUAAUAGAGAGUUACAGUAAUCCAGCCUUGAGGUAACAAAAGCGUGGACCAAUUUUUCUGCAUCUUUUCGGGUCAGGAUAGGCCUAAUUUUCGCAAUAUUACGCAGAUGAAAAAAUGCAGUCUGUGAGGUUUGUUUUAAAUGAGAAUUAAAAGACAAAUCUUGAUCAAAUGUUACUCCGAGGUUUCUUAUGGUAGUGCUAGAGGCCAGAGCAAUGCCAUCGAGAGAAACUAUUAGAGAUGUACCGAUACCACUUUUUCCUUCCCGAUACCGAUUCCGAUCCCUGAACCUUAGGUAUCUGCCCAUACUGAAUACCGAUCCGAUACCAGCGUGUAAGAUAAAAAUGGAUGGGAUAUGAAUUGUUGUAUGUCUCAACUCCUAAAACUCUAUGUAAAAUAUUAAGAAAUAAAAACAUAAUAGUAGAAUUAAUGCCAUAAAACUUUUAUUUAAUUAUUAUUAUCCAGUGUUGACACAGAUCAAGACACAGGUUAAAGUGCAGCCACACAGUUUGGUAAAAAAGACAUUUUAAAGGCUACAGUAAAAUGUAGGGCUUGUAUUAACAAAUACAAAAAUUUUCACCAGAUGACUUAAAGAGGCAACAGAUAGGAUUUGGGGUUUUGUUAGCUUGGUGCCACCUAGCGUCAGCAGUGUUGCUCGCACUGUCGCAAAGACGAAAUUGAGCGUGGGGAUUAGAGAUAAUGAAUCAAAUGCAGGCUGUAAAGCCACCAGUAUACCUCUAUGUAUAUGUAGAAUGAGAAGGUGUGUGGACACUACUAAAUAAAUGAGUAAAGAAACCGAGCAACAAUUAUCAGAUUUAUCUGAAGAAAAAACAAAUAGUAAUGCAAAUAAUUAUAGCAGAAUGUACAGUACCAGUACAAACAGCUCACAGUGAAUGAUACCAAUAUGUACAGUACCAGUACAAACAGCUCACAGUGAAUGACACCAAUAUGUACAGUACCAGUACAAACAGCUCACAGUAAAUGACACCAAUAUGUACAGUACCAGUACAAACAGCUCACAGUAAAUGACACCAAUAUGUACAGUACCAGUACAAACAGCUCACAGUAAAUGAUACCAAUAUGUACAGUAUCAGUACAAACAGCUCACAGUAAAUGAUACCAAUAUGUACAGUACCAGUACAAACAGCUCACAGUAAAUGAUACCAAUAUGUACAGUACCAGUACAAACAGCUCACAGUGAAUGAUACCAAUAUGUACAGUACCAGUACAAACAGCUCACAGUAAAUGAUACCAAUAUGUACAGUACCAGUACAAACAGCUCACAGUAAAUGACACCAAUAUGCACAGUACCAGUACAAACAGCUCACAGUGAAUGACACCAAUAUGUACAGUACCAGUACAAACAGCUCACAGUAAAUGAUACCAAUAUGUACAGUAUCAGUACAAACAACAGUAGACACGUAAGGGAUAAUGUAUAGUGAGCCGGUGACUGUUGAAAAAUAACUCCAGACAGGGGAAUGGAACCCCGACGCGCAGCGGAGUUAUUUUUCAACGGUCACUGGCUCACUAUACAUUAUUCUGCUUAGAACAUGGCUUACUACUAAAACAUUCAAAUAUUACUGGCAUCAAUAUUAUUAAACUGCUGGCAGAGUGUACUGACAGAGGAGAGGCAUUCACCAGACAAACAGGAGCGGAGGAGAGGAUUUUACUCCACUUCUCCCGGUCGGAGAGGCCUAUGUGCCCAGUAGCUGUGGCGGCGGCGGCGGCAGCGGUGGGGGGAGGAGGGGGGUAUUAUCACUGUCCGAGGGCUGCCGUAGAAUGGCAACCAGCAUGUCAGCCGACCAACACUCGCUACCCGCUCCCUGGUUGCAGCAAUUUGCGAUGCUGGCCAGCUAGGAAUGAACUAGCAGCCAGUACAGUCCAGUCCUCUCUGGUCUAGCUAACAUUUAGCCGUGUUACUUACUGAUCCAUUAGAAAGAAAGCUAGCUGGACAUGGGUUUUGAAGCCUCUUUGGUCACGGAGCUCCCUCCAUCUCUUGAACGCCUGACUGAGGUUUACUCUUGUUUUUCCUCUUCUUUUAUCACUCUCCUUUUUGCUCUUCUUUGCCUCCUCACACAGAGGAGCUCCUUUUCUUUUGCUAGGUCGUUUUUCACUUGUCUCCAAACUUUGUCCGUCUGCCAUUGUGCUCGUGACUCAACUAUCUCAUGCCCAACUCCUCAUAAGGACCAGCUCCAGUCCCUGAUUGGCUGACCGACCAGUUUCACAAUACAUGACGUGUUUCCUGCCAUAAAGCAAAUUUUUUCUGUGAAAUUUCGUCCCCAGUGGCAGAAGCUUAUUGCAAAGAUUGCAAAGCCACUAAGUAACCUAUGUAAACACUGAUAGUCUGAUUUUACUGUGGACACUACUCUGUGCAACCCACAUUAUUUUCAUAAUGAUAUAUAUAGGCAAAAAUGCUGUCUGUUGCUUCUUUAAAGUAAGAAAAUUAAAAAAUAGUGGCGGGGCUUUUACUCACCACAACUGCAGAGGCUACCAGCUUCAUUUGAAACAGACUACAUUAUAAAAGGUCCAUUAUUUAUUAAUCCAUCUGUAUCUUUAUAUUUUUAAUUUAUAUCCACUCCCGUUGCCUUGAUAAAGUUAACACAUCGCACUGUUUUUUCAAACUCAACACUUCCUGAACUUGUUUAAAAUUAAAAGCCCCUUAUAACCUUGGCUGAGAGAAUCCAUCCAUUUUCUAAAACGGCUUUUAUUGUGAAACAUUUGUAGGAACUUGGUUGUGGAGGAUACAGUAGCUUGUAUGUUUACAUACGGCACUUCAAAUGUAGCUCCUGCCGUCUGCUGACGCUUUUACGUUACUACAACAACAUUUUAGCUGACACAUGAACACACACAGUGACUGAAUAAAAAUAGGACAAGAAUAACCCGAUGACAUCAAAGACGUUGUGAAAGACAACCGGGGGGAUAAUUGGUGUGGACCAUCGUGUAGUGUGUCAUGUCUGUCAUCCAAGUCAUGGCACGAUUUUAUGACUCCACAAUCGUGUAAUGCUCAUCCAGGUUUUUAUGUCUGUAAGGCAUUUUUGAAGUUUAGUUCAUUGAUUACUUUCUUCUGGCUUCAUCGAUAGAUACAACUGAGUAUCAUCUGCAUAACAAUGGAAAUUUACAGAGUGAUUUCUAAUGAUGUUACCUAAAGGAAGCAUAUAUAGAGUAAAUAGGAUUGGUCCGAGCACAGAACCUUGUGGAACUCCAAAACAAACUUUAGUAUGUAAGGACGAUUCAUUAUGAACGUGAACAAACUGAAAACGAUCAGAUAAUUAACAUUUAAACCAGCUUAGUGCAGAACCUUUUAGGCCAAUUAAGUGAUCCAGUCUCUGCAGUAGAAUUUGAUGGUCAAUUGUGUCAAACGCCGCACUAAGAUCUAAUAAAACAAGUACAGAGACGAGUCCUUUGUCUGAAGCAAUCAGAAGGUCAUUUGUAAUUUUAACUAGUGCUGUCUCAGUGCUAUGAUGCACUCUAAAUCCUGACUGAAAUUCCUCAAAUAAAUUAUUAUCAAGGAGAAAAUCACACAGCUGGUCUGGUCCUUUCCUCUUACCAGUCUCCUUUGCUCUCCUGUCAUUCAUUCAGCCAAGUCUCCAUGAAGCACAUCAUGCUACACUCCCGGUACACCCUCUGCAGUCUGGUCAGCGCCAUGGGUUCUUCCAUCUUGGGGAUCUCCUGUCUCUUGUUGGGGAGUACACAAGUGUGGCACAGCACCAACAGCUGAUCAUGGGCGUAAACAAUCGAGCCAUGGCUGAAUGAGUCGAACCAGUGAGAUUGGCAAAGAAAAAAACAACAACAAAAAACACACUUAAAGGAAAGGGGGUCGGAGCUACUGUAACCAGCUGCCACUCAAGAGGAGCCAUCUAAUGUUAACCACCUCUGUUUUUACUAACACCUCAGAGCUAGCUAGCUGCUAACUUAGCAUUAGCAUAAGUAACAAGAUGUAGCCUUCCCAUUACACAGAGGUGUCCUGUUUUAAAAGAAAAUAUGCCAGGCUGGUUGGAAAAGUAUGUUUUCUUUGA